AUGUUUGGCCUUAUUAUUGAUGUGCUUGAUGCUAUUGUUGUUAACGCACGUUUUGAAGAGAAAUGUAAGGCAAAUGGAUAUCUUAAAGCAUGUUUAACAUUUGAAGUUGUCUUCACGUUGCAUUUGAUGCGUACAGUUUUAGCAAUCACAAAUGAGCUUAAUGCAGCCUUUCAAAAGAAGGAGCAAGAUAUUGCAAAUGCCAUGUUACUUGUUGGAGUGGCAAAGGAUCAGUUGCAAACAUUGAAAAAAGAAUGUUGGAAUUCACUUAUUGAUGAGGUAUCUAAAUUCUGUAUAAAAUAUGAUAUUUUUAUACCCAGAUUUGAUGAGCUUUAUGUUAUCCCUGGAAGAUCACGUCGUAGAGUUUCUGAGUACACUGUUUCGCACCACUAUAGUAUUGAGGUAUUUUGUAAAAUUAUUGAUUGGCAAUUUCAAGAAUUCAAUAAUCGCUUUGGUGAGGUGACAACCGAUUUGCUUCUUGGAGUUGCUUGCUUGAACCCAACUAACUCUUUUUCCAAUUUUGACAUUGAGAAGAUAUUGAGAUUAGCUGAGUUAUAUCCUGAUGAUUUUGAUAAAUAUUCUAUGGUUGACCUUCGCUUUCAGCUUCAGAAUUACCUUGUUAAUGUCCGAGAUCAUGAUAAAAGGUUUUCUGGUCUUCGGGGACUUGGUAAUCUUUCCAUAAAACUAGUGGAAACAAAGAAGCAUGGGACUUAUCCUCUUGUUUUUCAACUAGUGAAAUUUGUUUUGCUUUUGCCAGUUGUUACUGGUACAGUUGAGAGAGUUUUUUCGGCAAUGAAGUUGAUUAAGACCGAUUUGCAGAGUCGAAUGUAUGAUGAGUUUUUGAGUAGUUGUUUGAGGUAUCGAUUAAAGGCUACAGCGAGCCAAUUGAUGGCUCUAAGGCCGGUCUCAGAAACUGUUCGGAGUGCUCCUAUUGUCGAAAAAGGCCGGUCUCUCAACCGGAUGCGGGAGCCGGAGCAAUUUCUGGAGUGGAUUUUGCACAAAUCCAGUGGAAGGAGGAGGAGAUCAGAAAUUUUAAUGGGAUGA